AUGUUAAGGACAUUUGGCGACAAAGAGCGGCUGCAGCGCGUGCAGAGCGUGGAUGCGCAGGUUCUGAAGAAGCUGACCGAGGUCGUGGAUCCUGAAGGUAUUUGGAAGUCGUUGCAGCUGACCUUGCUGGACGGCGAGAGCGGUGAGAGGGAGGUUGCAAGCCUCCAGUGUGUGGCCUUCGAGGGCAUGCCCCAGUGGGACGGACCGAUCGAUUUGACUUGGGGGAAAGGCCUGCUAAUCUUGAGCCAGUACGGAGACUCACAAAAGCAACGCUUGCACUUCGUCAUGCAAGAGAGCAUGGCGCGCUUCCAGGGAGUCGAGGAAAGUGCUUCGGCGGUCUCCAAAAGCAUCUUGGCUUCUUCAGGGACUUUUUCUUCGAAGGGAUCAUACACGGCUACGCGUGGCGUUCGCUACUUGAGCAUUCCGCUGGAAGUGGAAACUCACAUCUUUGGUGUCAGCGCUGAGAUGGCGGAUGUGGCCACGCUUUGGAGCCGCUUCGGGGGCGGUGGCGGCUGGUCGUGGCGCUGUUGCGACUGGCUUCGAUGCUGCAAGUGUCGUUGUUGCUUCCGAUGCAAGUGCAGCAAGUGUUGCAAGGGCUUGUGCACGAAGAUUGAAAAAGCGGAGACGAAUGUUUGGAAUGGUGCCAUGGACCACCGGCCACGCUUCACGGACAUGGUUGCUCGCGAAGAGAAGGAGCACGUGGACCAGUCCUACACCUUCGACGGCCAUCAUCACAAGGGCAGGGAGACCCGUGACUUCACCGUGCAGCAGAUGCAUGUCCUCAAGUUUGUCUGCCAGCUGCCAUCACAGAAGCCACGGUUGUGCACCGCGUGGUUGGAUCCUUCGACAGACGUAAGGUCCGGUCUGAAAGUCGUGAGCAGCCUGCGCGUGAGCUCGGCCCAGAUGUCGCGCAAUGAUGGGCCUGCUAUCCAGUACCCUUGGCUCCCAACGUGGGUGACAUCCUGGAAGGCGUCCAUGGCGUUUCCAGACAAGAACGCCGUCUACACGGGAGGAGCCGCAAUCAGGGUGGCAGUCUCAAGGAAGACUGCGCUGCUGAGCAAGCGCCAAAAGAUUGCGAUCAUCAUCGUCCUGAUCGCGGCCGUGGGUGGCUUCCUGUACUGGUUCCUGGUGGUGCGGCCUCAAUCCACCUCCUCCACAGCAGAGUGUUGCAGAGCACUAAGUGGGAAGGGUGGCUUGGCAAUUGAUUUGGCGCUUCGCGUGCCCCAGCGAGUUUUUGUGGCAAUUCGUACCGGUGUGCGCCGAGGGUCGAAUCGUCCUGUCCUCCGCUGCAUGCGGUCCACUCUUCAAGCUGUAGCUCGCCAUCGAGAGGUGCUGAGACACUUUGGUCGGAGAGCUCCGAGAUUUUUCGCGCCAGCAUCAGCAUUACCGCUUGCCAGGUUGCAGGAUGUCAGAUGGCAUAGUUCCAAGGUCGCCCCGCUUCAGGAGAUGACUGGCGGAGAGGUGAUUUUCAACAUGCUCGUGGAGCACGGUGUGGACACCGUGUUUGGUUACAGUGGAGGUGCAGUUCUGCCGUUGAUUGACGCAUUUCAUGGCAAGAACAUCCAGUGGAUCACGUCCUCCCACGAGCAGUGCUCUGGUCACUCAGCAGCGGCGUAUGCGAAGUCCACAGGCAAGUUCGGAGUGGCCAUUGUGACCAGCGGCCCUGGAUUGACUAAUCUCGUGACUCCCAUGCAGGCGAAGGGCAUGUAA